CCCAGAGUCCGCCCACUAUCAAAAUAUUACCCAAUGGGGAGUCUCGUGUCUAAAUUGGGUUGCUGACGGACGUACCUCCCGUCCAACCACAGUGAAGGAACGUUUGACACCUUCUCGCCGUACCUGUCUCGUGGCCGCUGCCCGUAAAGCUAAUCAUGUCUCCCAGGGACACGGCGGAGCAGGGACGGGGAUCCGUGAGGGAGGGAAUCCGGGCUAUCCUGCUGGGCCCUCCCGGAGCCGGCAAGGGAACCCAGGUAAAAAGCGACAAACACGUGCGAGGAAUGGGUGACUUACGGUUAAGUUUUAACGCGCUAUGAGAAUAAGCAGGGUGUUUAUCACACCGAAUAGAAUGUCACGGGAGAUGCUGUCGGUCAGAACUAGCACCUUAGAACGGAGCCGCGCGGCGUGGAAUUGGCUUUCUGACGUCGCGCACCGGGAUUGGUUACCGGUCUCCAGAGCUUAAUUCUGAGACAAAGUGUUAAAGAUGAAGCAGUCACUGAUCGUUCCAGUUUUAGAACCUUGCUCCAGAAUUCUUCCCUAUACGAUCACCCCACCCCUUAAAUUAUCUAUAUAGAUCAGUUAUGAAUGUGGGUCGAAGUUCAAAACGUUGAUAAACUAGAAGGAGCUCAAUGUUUAAAUUCCAUGAUGAUUGCUCCAUUUAGAACCUGCACAAAAUAAUUCUUUGAAUGCAGUAGUACUCGUUUAAUGAUUGGAAAUGUUUUGCUUGGGUAAUUAUGUUGCAAUUAAGGUUGGGCGCUUUUUUUUUUUCUUUUUUUUUUCUCAGCUGGUAUAAUCGAAUCAACAUUUAGGACAGAAAAAAGUGUGCUGUGCCUUUUAAGGAUAGUGAUUCAUAUACACAUAAAGUGCAAAUACAAUAUAAAUAUAUAUAUAUAUAUAUAUAUAUAUCUUAAAUCUAUCAAAAACAGGUGCCUAACUGAUACAAUGUAUAAAAAAAGAGCACUUACAUAAAUAACGUGAAAAGGGGAAUAUAUCCUCCCAACUAUUGGAUAUAUCAGGCCAAAAGAGGAAAAAGGAAGGGACACGGGGAAUAUAUACAGUGGGACUUCGGUUUAUGAAUUUAAUGCCUUCUCCGGGACUUUUCUUAUUGCGAACAUUUGUAAACCGAAACGUGGUUUCCCACAGGAAUGCAUUGAAAACCAAUUAAUCCAUUCUGGAGGUCCGAGAAAGAGUCAAAAUGAGCUGGCAUGGAAACCAACCCACAAUGCAGAACACACAAUAAAAGGCAUGCAAACGACGAAGCUCAGCUCCCUACCUUAACACAUUUUGAGAAAUGCACCAAAAACAACUGAAAACAAUUUCCAGAAUGGCUCCAAAACUCGAUGCAAAAGCCGCGCCAACACUCCAUGCCACGUGCUACCCACAGGCUCCAGCAUGCAGGGAGCGGUGCAAUAAACCUCCCAGGUACAAUGCAUCCUAGGGAAACUUGCUUUGUAUUGCAAAAAUUUUUUGUAAACCGAGGCAUUAUAUUCAAUGGAUUUUCAUUUGUAAACCGAAAAUUGUUAACCGAGGCUUUUGUAAACAGAGGUCCCACUGUAGUGUAAAUCUGUGGAUCAAGCACAGAAAUAUAAAAUAGUAAACCAAUCAACUUACAAGCACGGAGCAGUAAAAGUCUGCUCUCACUUUGAAAGCUCAGAUAUUUCAAGAUGCAGGACCACGAUAUCACAGACAGGACAUCAGCUAGAUGUAGUUCAAACCUUUUAUUGGUAACAGUAGAAAACUUUAAAAUCACAAGCUCAUUCUCUGUAGAACCAGUCCUCAGACCCUCCUGACACGCUGGCUAGCAUUUGCGUUCUUUUCGGGCACCGGAACACUGUGCAGUUCUUUCAGGGGAUGCAAGCUUUCUUCAGUGCGUCUGAAAACAUGCAUCCACAGAUUCUACACUAUAUAAUUUUUUUUCCUGUUUCCCUUCCCUUUUUUUAAAAAAAUACAUUGUAUCACUUAGGCACUUUUUUAAAUUUUAUUUAAGAUACACUAUAUAAAUAUAUAAUGUAUUUGGGUUUGCACUUUAUGUAUAUGAAUAUACACACACAGAUUUUUAUAUAUCACUCACUAUCCUUAAAGGCACAGCGCACUUUUUUUCUAUCCUACUUUUAUAUAGCGUGUUUUUGAAGCUAUUUUACACUUAAUUAGUGCUGCUUGCUUUUUUUUUUUUUUUUAACAAAUUUAACUUUUAAAUCAUUCACAGCGCCUUAUUUUACUUGAUUUAUUUUCCGUUGAAUCAACAUUUAAUCUAUGCUCGAACAAGUAAGAUUCCACAGGUAAAUCCGACGGAUCGAUACAUUUGGGCGUAGAUUAAAAUGAAUUUGAUUUAAUACUUCAUGGAAAAAAAACUGUGCUCUAGUCUAUAGUCCCCAGAAUUGCUACAGUUUAAGUAGUUGUUGUGUAUAUUAUGUCCCUGCAGGCUUUUCAAUGUAAAUGCUGUCUUUUCAGAGAAAAUGCCAUGUUUACAUUGCUGCCUAAGAAAUCCUCUAGUGACAGUCACUCAGAAUGCCUCUAGAGGUGCUUCCUAGUCCAAUGCUGCGCAGUGUUCAGCGUCUCCUUACUCUCCAUGGAGGCACUGCACGUUCGCAGUAGAGAUGCAUUGAUCAAAUAUUUCUCUAUGAGGAAAUGCUAAUAGGUGCUUGUCACGCACGUGCAAUGGCUUUCCAGUGGUUUCCUAUUGGAAAGCACUGGAUUGGCUGAAAUCAUUAAGAUUGAUUACCUCCGUUAUGGAAGUGGAGCCAGCUACUGUGAGAUCAGCAAAACGUGAUAGAAAUUGGGGAUCGACCGGUAUUUUUGGCAAUAUCAGUAUUGGCCAAUAGAUGCCGAUAAUACAUACCAGGACCGCUGGGCCCAUGACAAGCCUGGCGGUCCUGGGGGCAUCCGCAGGAAGCACUUACCUUCCCAGCAGCUCCCUGUGUAAAUCUUGUGACUCCCAUGGCCGUCAGAGCCUUGCCACGAGGUACUAUGGCGACGCUCCGCGCGGCACACAGGCCACGAGAUUUACAAUGGGGAGCUGCUGGGAAGGUAAGUGCUUGCUGUGGACCCCCACUGUACUUUCCAUGCCACUGGACCACUAGGGAAUGCUAUAUUCCCCCUCCCUGGCCAGGUAACAUGCAGGGAGGGGGGGGACUAAAAAAAAUAAAAAUAAUAAAAAAAAUUUUAAUUAAAAAAAUGCCCACCCCCAAACUACAUACCUACAGAAACACACACACUGCAUUAUAUACACACACUGUAUUCACUAUAAACACACUACACAAACACACACUCUACAUUCAUUAUAUAAACACUCUGUAGUUCGUAAAUACACACACUACACAGACACCCUGCAUUCACUUUACGCACACAACACCCACACUGCAUUCACUAUACACACUACACAAAUAUACACUAUACGGUAGAUCCCCAGUAGAAAUGGUAUAUUUAAUACGUUUUCAGACUGAUAUAUGGGGGGCAUCGGGACUCUAUUUUGUUUGUUCAACAGUAUAGUGUCAGGAACACAUUUUUUUUUUUUUUUUUUUUUUUUUUUUUUUUUUUUUAUAACUGACACUAUAGUGUUCCGUUAAAAUCUAUUCUGCCACCAAAAAAAAAACAGGGCACAUGUAUUAUUGUUCUUUGUAAGUAUGCAGAGAUGUGUGCAUUUUACUAACCCAUCCAGGGUUAGAGAUGUUCUUCAGGGUGUUGUCAACUGCUGGAAAAUGAUUGACACAAGUUACAGUAGUAGUUGAGUGUAGUAGCAUUAUUAUUAUUGUAUUUGCAUCAAUGUAGUUAUUUUAUAAUCAUUAUCAAGUUUAGUUUAUUAAAUGCAUAUUAUGUGCUGUUGAGUAAACUGUGAGUUGGCAACGGUUACCAAUUUUUUUUUUUUUUAAUUUUUUUUAUAAUUCUUUAUUUUACGGUGCAUGUUUACAUUUCUUCCAUUUCUGUGACAGAGAUGGUAUCAAAUACAGGAGUGAUGAGACAGUUUUACAUAUCACAUAAGUCUGCACACAAUUUUUCUUUUUUUUAACAAGUUACUGUACAGUUGUGGUCUCUGACGUUAACUUGCGCACCCAUGCUGUGAGUCUAAUCCUGUGUUUGGUCUUUCUAGGUAUCCAGGCGUAUAGCCUAGUUAAGGUGUUUUGGUUUUUUAUUGUUGUUACAAGCAGGUAACGGUUACCAAUUUUAAGAAUAAAUAAUGUAUGUUUCUGUUUGUAAUUUCUUAUUACAAAGCCUUGGUACUUGAUCAAUAGAGUAUGCCUGUUAUGUUGGCUGGUUACAUGGAGUCAUAGCUCAAAGGUUGACUCCAACCAAAAACCAAUGUUCUAAUAAAAUUGGUUUUAAUUAGACCUUUCCUAUUCAUAAAUACUGCUGGUGAUUGGUGUUUUGUGCAGACCAGUGGCAUGCAGACGACUAUGGUGGGGGACAUGCUUGGUGGGGGUUAUCCUGAGUCUUCUCACACCUGCAUGUGUAUUUCUUAAAAAAAACCUGUGAGACUCUAGCUAGACACAAUAUGAAAUAACCUCCCAGAGCAAGCUUGGAGUCUGGGCACAAGGACCGUACCUCGAUAAUGCAUUAUCCAGAGGAGAGCGGGGAUGGGAAAACUUCACUUUCUGUAGCCAUGGUUAGUUCAGGGAUAGCUCAUUGAGUGUGUCAGUUGAUCACACUCAGUUAAUGAACUAAGCCCUGUACCACAAGCUUAGCACAGACAGUUCAAGGCUCGCUGAAGGGUAUGUUGGAGGUGGGAAGUGACACCUAGUAGAUAGAUCCCAGGUAAGUCAAACUAUUACUGAUAUUUGGUGGUGUCCGAGCACUCCUGGCACUAUAACCUCUACAGUGGUUAAGGUGUAUAUAGUGUUUACAUAAUUAUCUAAUUUUGCCUUGUUUGUGCAGUUUGGUUUCAGAUCACUAUUAAUUAAAUAAUCCCAAGGUAACAAGUGUGGUACAUUUUAAUAUGUUCAUGUGUCUUUGUGGAAUUUCUUUAAUUUCUGUAACAGUAUGAGGUUUGAAUUUUUAUGGGCUAAAUUAUAUUACUUUAAAUACAUAUAGGGGGUCUGGGGAAUUGCUGUGUCCAUACCAUCUGUCUGCAGUAUCUUCAGGCUUUUAGAAGCACUUACUCUAUUGGUUUUGGCAUCUAAUUUUAUUUUCUUUAUUACCUACAUCAAGGAUUAUCAUUUAAUUUUUAGAGCUGGUGGUUCUAUUGAAAUACAGGCUAGGGUGAUUCUAGGGGUAAGGCGUGCCCUCGAAGGCACAAUAGGGACAUCUACCUUUCUACCCCUCCCCCCCACCCCUAUUUUUCUCUUUUCACCCUAUCCUGCUCUAUACCUGAUAAAACUGCAGGUGGUUUUUUUCAACUUAACCUCCCACAUCAGAUAUUUUCAUACAUCUAACCACAUUAACUGCCAGCUACUUUUUGUUAAAAUUUUUUGGCUACAUGCCUGAGGCUAUUGUGUUACAUAGAUGCCAAAGCACAGACAGAGCUAUUAAUGUUGACUACUCAGCGAGCACUUACUAACAAUCCUUUGCUUGUUGACAUUCUGUUACCAAACUGUCCAAUUGACAUACCACUGAGUGCUCUACAUUGCACCUACCAUCUUACCUGCAGUGUGGACCAGCCUACUAUUUUAAUUUUAUAUUUUGUUUUGUAUAUAAGUGUAUGUUGUGGUUGGUCUCUUCUGUCUUAAGAGACUUUUUAGGCAUUAUGACUACCAUUAAAAGUUUUUUUUUAUUUUAGUAAUAUUUUUCUUUAGUAUUCCAUUCUUGUAACACCAGAUAUUGCAUCCUCUGCUCCCUCCUUCUUUUUGCUCUCUAUUUUAAAUACAUAUUCCUAUUCUUUUCUCAGGCUCCAAAGUUGGCAGAAAAGUACUGCGUGUGCCACCUUGCCACCGGUGAUAUGCUGCGGGCCAUGGUGGCUUCUGGCUCAGAACUCGGUAAACGUCUUAAGGCCACCAUGGAUGCAGGGAAACUGGUAAGUGCACUUGAGUUACUGACCCAGUGUAUGGAUAUAUAUAUGUUAGUAGGACAUAACACGCAGAAAAGGGACCCUGCAAUUUUAUUUACUUUGUGUUUUGUAGUUAUUAAAUAAUGUGAUUUAGGCUCACUGUAGGUCAGAUGGAGGGAUGUCUUUCCACAUCCUUCUCUGACCAGUCUUAUGGUUUUUCAAGUCAGUCAUUGGCUUGUCUAGAAAGGGAGACAGGGUGUACUGUACUCUCUGUACCAUAAUUUUUGCAAUAGUGCCUAGUGACUCUUUAAUGUUUCAGUCUCUGGUGUGUUUUUUUUUUUUUUUCUCUCUCUUUACCAGGUCAGUGAUGAGAUGGUGGUGGAGUUAAUUGAGAAUAAUCUGGAUACUCCUCCAUGUAAAAAGGGUUUCCUUCUGGAUGGCUUUCCUCGCACUGUAAAGCAGGCAGAAAUGGUAAGAACAUACUCAAUCUAUAAUAUGACUUUCAUUGAUUUACUUAUAAAGCAACAACAUAAUGCGCAGCUCUCUGCAAUAUGUUACAUCUACCCACAAUUAAAACAUUGAUGUAUAAACUGGAGAGUGCUUUUAUCAACUUGAUUUACAUUGUUAUAUUAUUUUUUUCUUAUAUAUGUAUCACAAAUUUUAAAACAAAACUUGAAAACCCAAUAUUAAAACAGUUUAAUAUCAAAUAACUCCUUAACUGAUUAUUUUUGCAAAGUUUGAACUUUUUUGUCCCCUCUCCCACACAUACACAAACACCCCUCAAAAAUAAAAAUGUUCUUUAUCUCUAUUGCAUUCACAGAGAUGUGUUCAGGCCCGUGAGUGCUGAGCUAGUAGAGGCACUGCACAAAUCCACAAUGCUGCCUUAUUUAGCAAUGCUCUGCCUACCGACAUCCCUUCACAACUCCUGCUGUUUUUAAUCAGCAGAAUACUGGUAGUAAUUUGGGGAUGAAGCAUACAAUCCCUGUAUGCUGGUUGUCAAAGGAGAAAUUUGGGGUAUAUGUGGGGAGUAGAAGGCUCCACCACCCUGGGAAUAUUUUAUGCAAAAUGUCUUUGGCGUUCAAAACCGUACCAUAUAGAGAGAAAUAGUUACCCCCACAUUUCAAUGGUGGUACUGUUGUUGUUCCCUCCAGGGUAAUUCAGUCUGGAAGCCCUGUGGCAAACUCAACCAUAGCAUAUGAGGUCUGUCUGUGGAAGAAUUCCCCAACAAUAGAGCGAUCUGUAGGAACCCCUACAAUUUAUCAGAGUCUGGUAAUAUAGACAAAUUGUCACAGGAUAGGCCCAGCGUUCCAUGGAGCACAAUUCUAUCCACUUUUCCAUGCAUGCUAAAUGUAUAUGUGCAGACCAUUCUAAUUUUAAAAUGUUUUUUUUUUUUUUUUUGUAAUGUGAUCUGUUUCCUCCCCUUUAAAAAAAAAAAAUUAAAAAAGUGAACGAAAUCCUAUACCUAACCUUUAAUCCAAAUCCAGUACAGUCUCCUUACAGCACCUGCUGUAUUCUCAUAGAGGAAUUCAGGACCUACACCACAUGAUUGGCAAUGGCUAAUGCUGCAAUUCAGUCAGAGCUUUGAAGGGUCCAUUGCACAUGCUUGGCUAGUAAAUGUUUGAGGGAGAGUGCUUGGAUGUUCCUCUAUCCUACAGUAAGUGGCCAAGGUCUUCACUUACUUGCUGAUAAGGGUUAAAGCACUAUAAGAUAAUAGGUUGUAGUAAGAUGUGCUGUCGUUUCUCCCUCUUCCUUUUCAUUCACUCUUUUCCCACUUCUGCUUUGUAUUACCAUAUCUAGUUCUACAUGUUUUUUGAACUUUGACACUCUCCUUUCAUCCUUUUGUAAUUAUGUUUUUGAUUGGCUCAUAACCCAAAGGCAAACUUGACAGAGAAAUGCCUGAUUUUUUUUUUUUUACCAAAAGUGCUAAUAACAUGCCAAUUGUAAAUGUGAUAUUUUAUUAUUUUUCCUUUUUAGCUUGAUGAACUUCUGGACAAGCGUCAGGAAAAGCUAGAUUCGGUUAUUGAAUUCAGUGUGGAAGACUCUCUUCUUGUUCGCAGAAUUUGUGGGAGGUAACUGUAGCCUCCUUUCAGCAGACUAAUUUCCUCCUUUUUUUUUUUUUUUUUUUUUUUUUUUGCCGUCUCUCCACCCCAUUCUCCCACUUACCCUUUUGUUUAAAUCUGGAAACAUUUUAUCAGCUUUAACACACCACCACACAUUCUUCCCUCUUUUUUUUUUUUUUUUCAUGCUUUAGACUAAUACACCAAGCAAGUGGGCGCUCAUACCAUGAAGAAUUCAACCCACCCAAAGAGCACAUGAAGGACGAUGUAAGUGUAACCUAACAAUCUGUCUUUAACAGAAUCCCUUUAUCAUAGUGUUUGUUUUUGUGAGCCAUUAUAUUAAUUCACUGACUGACUAAGGAGUGUAUAUAUUUGAGAAUUCUUGGCAUAAACCCUAAAGUCAGCCUGACACAGUUUCCAUGUAUAAGAGAAAACGUUAAACUAAAGUAAAAUCAUAGGAAAAAAGAAUGAGUGAAUUUUAUAUUCGAGGAAAAAGUGAAAGAUGGAAGAGAGGAAACAUCAACUGCAAGACUACCAGAACAGUGCUAAAAAGGUAUGCAAGAGUCUAGGGACUCUUAUGUAGUCACUGAAGAAGGGACUAAAGAAUAACUGAUAUCUUUAAAUUUGUUCUCUAUUAAAAGAACACUAUAGUCACCUAAAUUACUUUAGCUAAAUAAAGCAGUUUUAGUGUAUAGAUCAUUCCCCUGCAAUUUCACUGCUCAAUUCACUGUCAUUUAGGAGUUAACCCCUUAACGGCGUUCUAUGCCGUCCUGCAUUAAGUGGGCUUUAAAGCUGUUGCGGCGGCAUAGAACGCCGUAACGGCUUUGAGCCCCUGGAGGUCCGGCGUACUUGCUUCCGCUGCAAUCCUCUUCUGGAGGGCUGCCUGACAGCCCAAGCAGCCCUCCCCCGGCAAAUGAGACCAUGGGGGCUAUGUGAUCACGAUCACGUGGCCCCCUAUAGCUGGCUGUGGAUCUGCCAGCAGGGGGACUGUCUGAAAUGUCAGUCAGUCCCACUGCUGGUGGGAAGUGUAAAAAAAAUAAUAAAUAAAUAAACAAACGUGUAAAAUUAUCUAAAAGUAUUUAUGUGUGUGUGUGUGUAUAUAUAUAUAUAUAUAUAUAUAUAUAUAUAUAUAACGUCAUACAAAGUGUGUUUUUAAUAUUAAUAUAAGUACAUAUAUUAGUAUUAAAAUACACUUGGAAUGACGUUACACACACAUAUAUAUAUAUAUAUACAAAAUUUAAUAUAAAUUAUAUAUUCAUAUGUAAUUUCAUUCAAACUGUAUCUUAUUAAUAUGUGUGUGUGUGUGUGUAUAUAUAUAUAUAUAUAUAUAUAUAUAUAUAUAUAUAUAUAUGUGUAUGUAUGUAACAAAAUACACUUAGAAUGACAUUCUAUAUAUAAAAUCCAAAUAAUCGUGUGUGUGUGUGUGUGUGUGUGUAUAUAUAUAUAUGUGUGUGUGUGUGUGUGUGUGUGUGUGUAUAUGUAUAUAUGUGUGUAUAUUCAUUCGCAAAACAAAGGGGGGAGAAGAGUCUGCGCUAAACCGGAGGAGCAGCAACCCUAUAAGGGAAUCCCUCAAGAAACCCUUGUAGAGACAGUAAAAUACAAAAAAAGGGGGGAAAGGGCUGCGCUAAAAAACAAUAAAAAAAUAAUUAAAAAAAAUAGAAUAUAGUCAAUAGACAAAGUUCGUCUAAAAAUGGAUAAAGACAGUCUCACUGAUAUGUGAUGGUAGGGUAAUAUUCCUCAGGUGUUGAUCCGUCCGUGUGGUGGCAGAUAGUCCAUAUAUGUGGAAAUAAAAACAGAGAGCUUCCAAUGGUGAAAUAUAGUACGUCUAGAUGUGAUGUAUAAAUCAAGAGAAAAGUAAUCCACUCACAUUUGAUGGAGCUUGACCCAGCUCUAGGAGAAGAGGCACUUAGUGGUUUAAUCCCCACUAUCGGAUACACUUUAGUGAUGGGUCCGUCUGUCACAACUUUGGAUUUCCUUGAUGUAGACUGGAACCUGCUCAGAUGUGCGUAGUUCUAUGGUGCUUGGGGAGAUAGGUCCGCCUCUCCAGUUGGAAUAAUGGGUAUCCACGAAAUAUAUAAAACAGUAGAUAGUGCUCUCAGUAUGAACAGUAAAAAUAUUUUAAGAAAAUAAGUUAUACUUACAAGAAUAGAGCAGACAAAUACUGCUCUAUUACCACAGCGCUGGUGGAAUUAUCCCCACCUGAGGAUUUCUUUGGACAGGAUACACUUCAGGGUUAUGGUAUUUUAAGAAAUAAAUAUUAAAAAUAAAAAUUAAAAAUGAAAAUAAAAAAAUAUAGUAUAAAAACAAUAUAUGAAAGUGCCAGGAGUAGUUGAAAUGUAUAAAAUACAAUAAAAAUAAGUAUAAGAUUGGUCCUCGUAUAAAAGGCUAACCAAAAAUAACUUUUAUUGAUUUAAAAUACACUUUUUUAAAAAAGACACCAUAAAACCUGUACAUAGGGGGUACUGUUUUACUCAGGAGACUUCGCUGAACUCAAAUAUUAGUGUUUCAAAAUGAUAAAUUGCAUUACAAUGAUGAUAUUUUAAGUAAAAGUGACGUUUUUUACAAACAAACGGCACUUUUAUGGACUAUAUUAUUGUUAUAUGUUUUACUGUUUUGAAACCCUAAUAUUAGUGUUUAGUGAAGUCUCCCGUGAAUAACAGUAUCCCUCCAUGUACAGGUUUUAUGGUGUUUUGGGAAGUUAGAGAGUCACAUAUAAGGCUUGCAUUUCAUUUUUUUGACAUUGAAAUUUGCCAGAUUGGUUAUGUUGCCUUUGAGAGCGUAUAGUACCCCAGGAAUGAGAAUUACCUCCAUGAUGGCAUACCAUUUGCAAAAGUAGACAACCCAAGGUAUUGCAAGUGGGGUAUGUCCAGUCUUUUAGUAGCCAUUUAGUCACAAACACUGGCCAAAUAUUAAUUUUUUGAUUUUUUUUUCACACAAAAACAAAUAUGAACGCUAACUUUGGCCAGUGUUUGUGGCUACUAAAAAAGACUAAACAUACCCCACUUUCAGUACCUUGGUUUGUCUACUUUUUCAAAUGGUAUGCCAUUAUGGGGGUAAUUCUCAUUCCUGGGCUACCACACCGUCUCAAAGUUAACAUUAUUAAUCUGGCAAAUUUCAAUUUGAAAAUGGAAUGUUCUAUAUUUGACCCUGUAACGUUUCAAAACACCAUAAAACCUGUUAAUGGGGGGCACUGUUGUACUCGUGAGACAUCACUGAUUACAAAUAUGUGCAUUUUUUUUUUUUGCAGUAAAACCUAAUAGUAUUAUGACAUUCACAGCUAAAAUGUCAGACGGAAAUACAAAUUAAAUUUUUUUUUUUUUUUAUUAUUAUUUUUUUUUUAGAUUUUAUUAAAUUUUAUUCAUAAUAAAUUAUGUUCCAUAUAUGAAUAGUUAAUGAUAAAUUAAAGCCCUGUUUCUCCUGAACAACGGGAUAUAUAAUGUGUGGGUGCACUUAAUGUGACAGCGGUGAAUUACGGUUGAACAGACAUAGCGCAAAUUCCAGUUUUUGUUUACGUUUUGUUUUGAUCAGAAUGUGUACUAUUGACUCCGUCCUGAAGGGGUUAAAGAAAAUUCUAUAUUUUCUGUUUUUGUUUUUUUAUUUAUCUUUAUUUAAAAAAUAUUUCUCAUCUUUGGACAUGCAAAAAAACAAAUUCAUACCCAAUCCCUCAGUCACGAUAUAAUAGCUUGGAUCCAGAUAUUAAAGCCUUGGAGUUUAGGAAAUUCUAUAUUUCAGCAUACAUUGGAUUAGUAAAGGAAAUCUCUUGGCUAGAAAAUGUAUAACCUCCCGCUUCCUCCCCCUCCCAUCCCCCAAUGCAUAUAGUUAAUGCAUUUGAGAGAAAAAAAUGCAUGUGCUAUAUUUAUGAAGUCCCUUUUCUAAUUCCUAAAUCAUACCUGAAUUAAUUACUGCAACUUAUGAUGAUCCGCCACUUUUUUUUUUUUUUUUUUUGGCCAAUCAAAUGUUUCUCACAAGUUUUGUGGGUGACGUGUGAUUAUCCGAUCCAAUGUUUCUCAGAAUUGUAUUCUGUGCAGGUAUUGAAUUUUUUUCUUUUUUAUAAUACUCUUCUUUUGAACGGUGAUGUGAAUAACUCAUCUUGCCACCCACACUUGGUUAUUUUUAAAAGCUUCCUCUCAUCCACAUCUUGUGGUUUUCAGAUGUAAAUAGAGGUUAAGAGCAUGUGCAUGAAAAGUGCAUAGGGUCUUGGAGAGGAGAGAAUGAUAGAUGUUGGUAGGUAGCUAGACGGGAUGACUUUGGCUGUGUGCCUGUGAACUUGCUGUCAUGUUUGCAGCACCUGCAAAUGAAAAUGCUAUGCAUUCAUUGUCACCACUGUGACAAAAUAAAAACUGCCUUUCUUUACAUCUCUUUACUGCAACUCAGAUUGCAUCAGUGAACUUCCACAUUGUUCGAUCUUGGACUUUAGUGAUGGGAACAAGGUAUCAAUUUAAUGUCUCUUCAUUCUGAAUGUUCCAGUAACAGUCUAAGCAUUAAUGAAAUGAUUAUAGGGCAAAGAUGCUGUCCCUGCAAAUGAUAGCAGUGCAGUUUCUGAGAAAGGGCGCCAUUUACAUUUUGGAAUUUCCAUGCCUGCUAGUAACUGUAGACCAGUAGGGUCUCACACACCAUUUACAUUUUGAAUUUGUCUGUCAACUGUGAUUAGAGGUUUUUUUUUUUUUUUUGUUUAAGUAACCUGUUAAAUGUAACUAGCAGGUUUGACCAAGGUUGCUGAUAAAAUGGUUAAAUGAAAUGUGUGAAAAACUUCAUAUUGAAAUUAACUCUGGAUUUAUUUGUCAGUAUAUUUUUAUUUUUAUUUUAUUUAUUUUUUUACACUAUUGUAUCUCUGAUCUCUACCAGCCAUUUUUUUUUUUUUUUUAAAGGCUUUAAAACUAUAGUUCACUUAUUUGUUUUAUUAUAUCUAAACAUAUUGGGCAUUUCAACAAUCAAGGCUUAUUAGUGAAUCUAUUUGAGUUAUUUUUGAUUGGUCACACUUGUGUAGAAAUUAUUCUUUCCCCAAUAGAUAAUUUUAUUCAUAUUUAAUGUGUUAUGUAUACAAAUAAGUAAUCCAAAACAGAGAUAAAUAUACUAAAAGUAAACCCCAAAUAAAAAUGAACACUGAUACCUGAAUUGCCUAUUUAAAAAAAAAUAAAUAAAAAAAAUCUAUAUAUAUAUAUAUAUAUAUAUAUAUAUAUAUAUAUAUAUAUAUAUAUAUAUAUAUAUAUAUAUAUAUUCUCUCUAUAUCUUAUCUAUCUAUUGUGCAAAGGGGAACCUAGCUGUAGUUAACUCUUAAGGCCUAAAUGAGUAUACUUGAAUAUCAUAUGGAUACAUAUCAAUUUAGUUAAAAGUAUCUACUGGAGUACGAAGCAGUCAUGGCAGAUAGCCUGAGGUAGAAACAGUGGCUCUUUCACAUACAGUCAUGGGGGGAAAAAGUACACCCUCCUAUGAAUUCUAUGGUUUUACAUAUCAGGGCAUAACAAUCAUCUGUUGCUUAGCUGAUUAAUAUCAAUCAAAUACAACCUCAGAUAAAGAAGACAUGGUAUAUUACACUGUCAUGAUUUAUUUAACAAAUAAUGCCAAAAUGGAGCUAUGUGUGAUUUCACUUCCUGUCAGACACUGGCCACUCAACAUGGAGUGAUAGGAAGGAAGGGGAGUGCUAUAUGUUUCACGUGGGGUCCGCAGCCCACCAGGAACCACAAGAAAUAAAGGUCCAGAGGUGUCACACCGUAGAGUGAAGGCAAAAAAACAUUUCGACCUUAGUCAUAUAUGUUCAGCGUUUUGGGUUUUUGUUUUUGUUUUUUUGUAAAUAUAAUUAUUGUAUGUAUUUGUAAAACAUGAGAUUAUUUUCAUAUAAUCGGAUAAAUCAAGGAUGGAAAGAAAAAGUUGCUCACGCAGGGCCCAGAGUCACAGUUCAAAUACGAGACAUGCAGGUCCGUUCUUUUGGGUAAUAGAGGCUUGCGGCAUCUCGAUUAUUUUAAGGUUGGACGUGUACGGUUUUGACAGCCUAUGCGUGGUACGUAGAGAUUUCCCCACGUUGAUGCGUGUUUAAUGUUUUCCCUGUCCUUCUUAGUUUAUCCUGUGGUAGGGGAGUUGUUGUAUAAGUGUAGGGGUCAAACCCAUUGGUUUGGAGUAAUGGACAGCGUGCAUUCUAGGGACUUGAGGAUCUCAAUGUGUUUUCAGUGGUAGGUCGAGUAUGUAGGGCUUUUACAUUUUGGUUCAUGUACCUGCCCGAGGGACUUUCGUCAAGUGGGGAGUUGUCGAGCACUUUCCGUGUUCAAUCGUAAGUUUGAUGUUGUUAUGUAGUGCCCUGUGUGUCGGUACAAGUCGUGGUGUGUUUUGUGUCGGUGGAAGGCUCUCUCGUCACGAUGGAAAAGAGAAGGCCAUUUGUGUUUCGUCAGGCACGUAGUUCCAGUUGCAUGCGUAUGGUGGAGCUGAGCGUCAACUGGUAUAUGGGCUAGGUCGCUUUCCGGGUGGCCUUUGUUGAGCGGUGCCAGUGUUGGUGCAGCGUUUUUUAUGCUGAAGUGAUGCACUAAACAUUCAUUAGUUGCCAGUAAGGUCUUAACCAACCCUACAAAUUAGUCAAAACAUGACUUUUGUUACUGACUUGAGGCUGUUAAGGGGAUAACAGGGCGCCAUCACAACCUCAUCAAAAUAAAGUUAUGGUGCCAGGCGGUCCCUGGUGCAGGCUCACCUUACAGGGAUACUAUAGUGCCAGGAAUAGAAAGCUGUAAUCCUGACACUAUAGCUCCCUCUGCCUCCUCCACCCUUGAACAGUUUAACCCCAAAGUCUGUGUCCCAGCUCUGUGACGCCUCGCUGUCCUUCUGUUUUCUCAAAAUCUUUCAGCAGAAAGGCUCUUGAAGAAUCUGGCAGGAGAUGCUCUCGGCCAAUCUGUGACUUCCCAUUCAUAAAAAAAAAAACUGACUUGAAAAAGGUUUUAAGUUGUUAUGCUGCCAGGAGUUCCCUGGUGCUGGCUCAUCUUCAGGGGUUAAACCGUUCACUGUUUGGCUGAGAGAGCAGCAGCGCCGGUGCUAGAUUCUGCAAGAGCCUUCCGGUUUAAAGAUUUUGAGAAAACCUAAGGACAGAGGCAGGAGAUUCGGCAUUGGAACACAGACGUUGUUUUGUUUUUUAACCCCUGAAGGUGAGCCAGCACCAGGGAUCACCUGGCAGGAUAACAAUUUUGAUUGUUACGGUUCCCGGACUGGCCCUUUUUAAUAGAGUAGACACACUACAAAAAAAGGCAGACUGGCUUUAACAUUGCAAUUCAGAACUGCUGUCGAGUUUAUCCAAUAUAAAAUAUUCUUGUUCAAUAAAAGGCCUUCAAAGAAAAGAAAGGCCUGAAUACUCUUAUCUGUUUGUAUGUUGAUGACCUUGACCAAUUCUUAAAUUUCAUCCUAGGUAACUGGUGAACCUCUUAUACGACGAUCUGAUGAUAAUGAAGUUACACUGAAAUCUCGGCUGGAGGCCUACCACACAAUGACCUCUCCGUUGGUGUCAUAUUACCAACGCCAUGGGAUCCACACAGCAGUGGAUGCUGCUCAGUCCCCGGAUGUCGUGUUCGCUAGUAUCCUGGCAGCAUUCUCCAGAGCUCAUUGUAAAGAUAGUGUUAUUUUUAUAUGAAAUAGAAGUCCAUAAAGUGCAGAAGAUUAGAACUUUAGUCAGUUUGCUGAUGGGCGCCUACACAACACCACGUAUUGGUCUAGCACCAUAGGACAUGUUAAGCCACUAGAUAAAAAAAUUUGUAAAAAUUUUAAUUUUGAAACUAUUUGCGUACAAGAUUAAGGAAAUUUGGCACAUCAUUGGGGAAAUAACUUGCCACGGUUCCCCUUAAGUAUAUACUUUGGAAAGUUUUUCAGCUGAUUAAGCUACCCUUUCCAAUGUUAUUCAGUCCAAGGAAACUUGCAAGUAACUUUGAACCAGAGAGACUUCCUUGAGCUGAGAUGCUCCUUUUAAUUGGGAAUUCAUUGAACACUUUGUGAGCUCCAACUUCACAUGAGUUUCCCUGUAAGCUGAUGCAUAGAGAACAGCAGGAGCUCUCUGUCCUACACUAUCUAAGAGUCUCCUGUCUAAUUCUGAUCCUUUAACACGGACACUACGUAGUAGCAAAUUACUGGAAUCUUGCUGUAUUGCAAUUUGUAUUUCCUAUGGAAGCAACCACUGUCCUGACUUAAUAAAAACAAUGGCAACCACAAACGUUGAUUCCUGUUGCUUAUUAUUGCAGUUACAAUCUGUUUUUAUAAACUUUUUGAGCUUGUCAGUUUUCAUUAAAUGCUUAGAUAAGCACUCAUGGAAGUUGAGUGAAUGACUGAUGUGCCUGUUCCUGUAUUUUAUAAACCUUCAAAUAUGCAGUUAAUUUCUAGCGGUAAACUUAGGAUUUGUAUUACAAAAAUACCUUAUUUUGGACAGUUGCCUAUGUAAAUAUAACCUUUUUUUAGAGGUAGUGGUAAAUCAGUAUAUGUGUAUAUAAUUAUUCAUAUAUUUAUUUGAAAGCGAUAGAGGAAUAAAAAACUUAUUUCACAUCAUUCAUUCGUUUUCCUUUUGUUCAUUUCAGCACACUGAUUCCCAGCCUUUCCAGAACUGUGCUGUCUGCAGGCCCAAAGAUGUGCCCAAUGUGUUUUUAAGGCCUGCACUGGCUGUUGACCUGUGAUGCUGUUUUUGUACCUGAUCCAUCUUACACCCAACCCCACCAUUACCACUGAGUCUUGCCAUCUCCUGUGUUAUGAAAAUGUCAGCUCAUUGCAAAAAUCUCUUUAUAUGAUUUAACACAAAGGCAAUAUGCACUUCUACUUAUGUUCUGGGAGGAAAAACCUUUUUGCAUGGCCUUUUCGACGUACACUGUGAAUAAAGCGCUGUCACUAACGGCAAGAUAAGAUCUGUCCAUCACAAACAUGUGUAAAUGUGUCUUUAGACCGAAGCAAAUCAAGGAUGAUCCUGCAUACCAGUGGUGGGUUUUUUAAUUUGACGUUGGAAUAAUCACAAAAUGAAUAUCAUGUUGAAUGGACCUAGGAAUAAAAUAUACACUUCUUAGAAUUCUGACCCUUGCUGGGGUUCGGGUAAUUACAUCUUUCUACCAAUUCCUAAAUAUUACAGUGCCUUACAUUUUUACCAGUGCAAUAAAAGGUCUGCAAGUGUC